AGAGGUUAAAAAAACAAAAGAAAAAACGAUAAAAGAAGAAAAAGUAGAAACUAGAAAGCCGAUCACCAUUUGUUAACCUAGAGAGGUUUCCUCCGUGUCUCUCUGCAACCUAAAACCCCUUUUGGUUUUACUUUUUAUUCCUUAUCCAACUAGAAGAACAACAAAACAAAAUCAUUGAAGUGUUUCAACAAAGGUAGAAUUUCUGUUCUUCUCUAUAGCUUAUUGGGUUAGAGAUUAGAGGUUCUCCUUGGGAUAGUGUUGUUCGAGAUAACUGAUUCAUGGCGGCAGUCCAGCAAGAAUCGGAUCGAAUAAUCUCGGGUGGUGACUCGACCGAGUCAAUGAACGUAUUGACCCUGAAUGCGGAAGGGAAACCUGCUGAUCCAAAUAACUUGAAGGAACAGUCUCUUUCCACCAAAGGCGAGCGGAUGGUUCCUUCUAAUCCUUCUCAGGAUGCAGCCCCCACUGGUGCUCCAAGAUUUGCCACAGGUCAGUCAGCUUCUUUAGGUGCAGCCAGAGAUCACAGCACUGUCUACCAACCCAAUAUCUAUGCACCUCAGGCGCAUUCGUUUUACUAUGGAGGUUAUGACAAUGGUACUGGGGAAUGGGACGAAUAUCCUCACUAUGUUAAUGCAGAAGGCCUGGAAAUUGGAUCUCCUGGCAUCUACAGAGAAAGUCCAUCUCUUGUAUUCCAUACUGGUUUUGGGUACAAUCCUCAGAUGCCAUAUGGGCCAUAUUCUCCAGUUACAACUCCUCUUCCAUCUGUGAGGGGAGAUGGCCAGUUAUACUCUCCACAGCAAUUCCCUUUUGCAGGUCAGCCUUAUUAUCAGCAACCAGUUCCUCCUAGCAUGCCAUAUAUUUCCUCACCAACUCCAGUUUCACAAACUGAGCUAACAAUGCCUGUUAGCAUAGAUCAACAAGGGGAUGGGAUGCUUUUUGGGCCUAGACCUGGUUAUCCCCCUCCAUUCAGUUCUUUCAGUAGAGGAGGCAGUUUUUCUGGUAAUUCUGGUAGUGGCAGUUUUUAUGACUUGCGACAAGGGUAUGAAGGGUUUGGAUCUGGUGCACCCUGGUCAGAUUGGUCGAAAUCGGCAGAUGGGCAGAGGUCUUUGUCACCAUUGUCAUCUCCGGCAGCUUCUCUGCAGCCAAUUGGCUCAUUUGGAUCAUUUGGAUACAACAUUGGAAUGACUUCUCAACAGCAAGGACCACUAUAUGGAUUUGGAUCUGGUUCCAGCUCAUAUACCAGAGGGUAUCCUAACGGUGGAAUUUAUCAAGGCUCUAGUUUUGAGGGUGGAUCCCUUUCCAGUUUGGGUACAAAUUCCCGGAGCUGGAUGGCAAUUGAGAAGGGCAGACGACGAGGAAGGAGAACUGGAUCCUUGUGUGUUUGUAAUGAAACACUUGAUGUCCUUGAUGAGCAGAACCGAGGUCCAAGGGCUUCAAAGCUGAAGAGCCAGAUCACUGCUGAACAUGGUUCUUCUGUUGAUUGUGGCAAGAACAACAUAUCUAAAGUUGACACCCAUAGUGAGUCAUACAACCGUCCAGAUUUUGUAACAGAGUACGGGGAUGCCAAGUUUUUCAUUAUCAAAUCUUACAGUGAAGAUAAUGUCCACAAGAGUAUUAAAUAUGGUGUCUGGGCCAGCACCCCGAAUGGGAACAGAAAACUGGAUGCUGCUUAUUGUGAAGCUAAGGAGAGAAAAGGUGACUGCCCGGUCUUUCUGUUCUUUUCGGUGAAUGCUAGUGCACAGUUCUGUGGGGUGGCUGCGAUGGCAGGCCCUGUGGAUUUUGAUAAGAGUGUGGAUUAUUGGCAGCAAGAUAAGUGGAGUGGCCAGUUUCCUGUCAAGUGGCACCUUAUCAAGGAUGUCCCCAACAGUCAGUUUCGUCACAUUAUACUUGAAAACAAUGAUAACAAGCCUGUGACCAACAGCAGAGACACUCAGGAGGUCAAGAUGGAACAGGGUAUUGAGAUGUUAAACAUUUUCAAGUGCUAUGAAACUGAUAUGUCCAUCCUGGACGAUUUUGAUUUCUAUGAAGACCGAGAGAAAGCCAUGCUGGAUAGGAAGGCCAGACAGCAAUCCAGCUUGAUGGUUACGCCUGUGGCUGGUGCACAUGAGCACCGGAAUCCUGUUUCAUUAUCCAAUAACUUCAUAAAGCAAAUGUCAAAGAGCUUUGCUCAAGCUGUUAAAUUGGAUGAGGUCUGUAAAAAGGACUUGACGACAGAAAAGAAUGAAUCUGCUGUCACUGUUUCUAUGAGCAUGGUAGUUAAACCGGAAGAUACAAAAACGUCUAUGACAUUGGCUGCUUCAACUGCGCAGAGCAGUUAGGAGGUGAUGGUGGUGUUUUGCACGGUUGCUGGAAUCUGACGCUCACUUUAUUCCCCUUUUCAUUCAAAAUAUUAAGUGGGAAGGUGGAAGCUCUGUCAGAUAUGUAGGAAUUCAGUGUGUGUUGCCAUUUACUUGGAAAGUUCAAGUAGUGUUCGAAGGCUGACGCACUUGGUGUAUAGUGUAUGCCUGUGGCCUCCAUGCCCGCCUUCCAUGUUCCAUGCCUUUUGUUGAUUGUAAUUUUAGUUUUUAUUCUUUCCCCUUAUCUUUGGGCUUUGAUGCUUUUGUUUGGUGGGUGAGAGCAGUUAAUUAAAGCUGCUGGUUGAUUUAAGCCUUUGUAAAGUUCCCCAGCUUGGAAGGCAGAAUAAUAAAGAUUGCAUCAAGGCCUUUUGGAAA